CCCGUGCCAGGUUGGGAGCACGUGUGGGCCUUAAGUCGGAGCGGCUGCCAGUCGGGAGUGGUGUACCUUAAGCGGCUCCUUGGAGCUUGUUUCUCCACAGACCUUGCUCCAGUCUCCCCUCCUGUUCCAGUGGGCGCGUUAGACCAUCACGUGGGUCUCUGCCACGUUUCGUGCCUAUUCUCGGGUGUUUUCGGCACCAGGAACUAGUUGGUAGCCACGCGAGCAGAAGAAAUAUACCAAGCACUGUCUGACCAAGGAGGGGCACAGCCUUUUCGAGAAGACAAAAACUCUCCUGAGAGAAUCGCCUCACAGCUUCCACAGGCCUUUUAGUCGAGAAGCGAGCCCUUUCUCAUACAUACCAGUCAUAAAUAAUAAAACGUGUGUGUGCGUGUGUGUGUAGUGGGGGUGGGUAUUUGUAUGGAAUUACGUGGUCCAUGUUUGGAACCUUUUGGGAAUUUGACUUAUAUUGGUAAUUUUGUAGAACUCUUCAACCAGGAAUUGUUCUUGUGGUGGAGAGAAUGUGGAUUUGUGCCCUUUCGUCUAGUUGCCCAGUCAUGACUUUUGAAGGAUCUUCGUACAAGUCUGCAGCCCCUGCUUUAAUUCUCCCAACCGAAGUGACGUUAGUGAUGACUUCAAAUAGCUUGUUUUAGGUCACUCAGUGACAUAUUUUAAUAUUAACUGUCACAUCUGACUACCCUAGUGGACAUUUCUGUCAUCAAAUCCUGCAGACACUUGAAAUUCGGAGACCUGAAGCUGAACUCAGCAAUCUUCUUUGCACUUACUUUAUCAUAUCGAUCACUAAGCUCUGAUGAUCUUUACCAGCUAAAUCUCUGCUCUUUAUCCUGUACUGCAGUAUCUCCUUUGCUUACCUAUGAGGGUUACAUUCAGUGAGUGAUUAAAACCUAGAACAUACUAAGAUCUAUGUGUAUUGUUUUUCCCUAAAUAUACAUGUCUAUGAGGAAAUUCAGUUUAUAAAUUAGAUAUAACAGUAGUAAAAGUUAUAACAGUUAUUUAACAAGUCACUUAAAUCAUGGAUUGCUUACUUCUGGAGUUGUAUGUUUAAUAUUUUUAGAUCAUCGUUGACUGUGGCUAAUGGAAACCAUGGAACGUGAAACUGGAUAAGGAGGAUGGCUGUGUUGUCCUACUUUAGGCCUCAUCAUCUUUCACCUGAAAUAUCAUGGUAUUCUAACUGGCUUCUCUGUUUCUAGUCCUAUUUCCUACAUACCUGUUCUCCAGCCACAUGUAGUUAUGUAACUUUAAGUGGAAGGAAAAAAAAUCUAAAGUGAAAAAUUCAGUUCUUUGUUUAACUAGCUACAUUUUAGAUGCUCAGUUGUCAUGUGGUGGUCAGUUUACUGUAUAGGGUAGAUAUAGAUUGCUUCCAUCAUUGCAGAAAAUUCUGUUAGACAACAGGUCUUGUGUGGCCUAUCAAAUCACUUAAGACAUAAUCUUCUAAAGACAUUUUAUUUCUGAGAAAAUCCCAUAACUUUGCAGUGGAAUGUUUAGAGCUUAAAAAUGAGAAUGUAGCUUAAAAAGUAGAGGAUAGUAGAGUGCUCACCUCCUUUCUUUGAGCAUUCUACCAUAGGAAGAGGAGCCAAUUGAAGAAAAGGAGGAGAACUUAGAUAGGGUUGUUCAGUGAUCAUUUACUUGCAAAUAUUUAAAUGCUUGCUGUAUGCCAAAUAUUGCAUUAAAUGUUGGAGGUAUAUUGAUAAGCAAAAAUAGACAUGACUUUUACUGUUAAACAGCUGCAGUUUAUUUGAGUUUUACUGAAGGGACUGAAUUGGAGAUUUAGAAAGAUCCUGGGUUCCCAAUUUGCUAAAACCUCUUGUUCCUAGACAUUGAGUCUGGAGGCCAAACUGAGCCAAAAUACUGUUUAUGGUUAGUUGUAUAAGCAUUGUGCAAUUACUGGGUCAACUUCUUAGGGAUUAGUAAAUAGGGACAUCUUAACUUCAGAGCUUUGAGGGAAUAUGAUGCUUGAGUAUGUAUUACUGAAGCAGAAGAGAUAGUUACCUUGCAAGAGCCUGCCAUAAUUCCAGCUGUCCAUUGGGUUCCUCCCUAUCUCUGCCUUCUGCCUUCCUGCUGGCCUCUUUUAUUAAUAGAAGUCAUUAGUUACCACAUGACUUUUCGCUUCUAUUCCCAUUGUAGUCAUUCCUCUCAGUCCAUCGCCUGCUUAUUUCUCAAUUAUAGCAAGUAUAAAAUAAUAGCUCUUGAAAAUACAGAAUUUCAAAAUGAGACCUGAUUGUAGUACCAUUAUCAUUUAGGGCCUGGGGAUAAGAUUUGAGAGUUACAGCUUACUUUAUUUUCCUUUUUUUCCAGUAUUGAGGAGCAAACCCAAGGCCUUGUGCAGAUGAGUGCACACUCUACCACUUGAGUUACAGCUUCCGCCCUACCCCUAAUUCUUCAUGUUUUUGCGUCAACUCCUUCCCAGAGACUUGCUAGUGAUGAUGCGGGUGUGCUGGUUGGUGAGACAGGACAGCCAGCAGCAGCGAAUCAAACUUCCACAUUUAGAAACAGUUGUGAUUGGGCGCAGCCCAGAGACCAAGAUCACUGAUAAAAAAUGUUCUCGACAGCAAGUACAGUUGAAAGCAGAGUGUAACAAGGGAUAUGUCAGGGUAAAGCAGGUAGGGGUCAAUCCUACCAGCAUUGACUCAGUCAUAAUUGGGAAGGACCAAGAGAUGAAGCUGCAGCCUGGCCAGGUUCUCUAUAUGGAAUCACUGGGCCACUGGAGUCAAGGCUUAAAGAUUUCUAUGCAAGACCCUAAAAUGCAGGUUUACAAAGAUGAGCAGGUGGUGGUGAUUAAGGAUAAAUACCCUAAGGCCCGGUAUCAUUGGCUGGUCUUGCCAUGGGCCUCUAUUUCCAGUUUGAAGGCUGUGACCAGUGAACACCUUGAACUUCUCAAACAUAUGCAUGCUGUAGGAGAAAAGGUGAUAUCAGAUUUUGCUGGAUUUAACAAACACCGUUUCCGACUGGGCUAUCAUGCCAUUCCCAGCAUGAGCCAUGUACACCUUCAUGUGAUCAGCCAGGAUUUUGAUUCUCCUUGCCUUAAAAACAAAAAACACUGGAAUUCUUUCAAUACAGAAUACUUCCUAGAAUCAAAAGCUAUAAUCAAGAUGGUACAAGAGGCUGGCAAGGUGACUGUCCAGGAUGGGACGUCUGAGCUCUUGAAGCUGCCCCUUCGAUGUCAUGAGUGUCAGCAACUACUGCCUUCCAUUCCACAGCUGAAAGAGCAUCUCAGGAAGCACUGGACAAAGUGAUGCUGAAGAGCUUCAACUUCUGCUGCCAAGGUGGCCAAUUGGAGAGAAAUGCUGGCACCUAUUCUGGGUUGAGAACUUCUAUUUAUUUCUCCAAUUAAAAUAUGCAGCUUUUUUUUUG